CCUUAUAACAUAAAUCAUGGAUCUGGAGAAGAAUCUGCUGAGAGAAAUGGCGGACAGCAUGUUGAACGAUGUAAUCUCCACCAGAGCGUACGAAUGGGUAUUUAAGCGCUAUGAAAGACUUUUCAAGGAUAAGAUAGUCUUGGACGUGGGUUGUCGCAGUGGAUUGCUUAGUUUGAUGAGCGUGGAAGCUGGUGCCGUCAAAGUCAUGGGCCUGGGCAAUAGGGAAAGUGCUGAAUUCGUUAGCAAGGCUUUUAUCGGCACUGAGAAGGAGGAUAUCUUCGAGUUUAUCGAGGGCGAUAUCCAUGAGAUAGUUCUGCCCUGCGGUCUGAAGAAGGUGGAUAUAAUAGUGUCCGAGUGGAUAGGUCACUCCGUUUUCGUGGACUCGCUUUUCAAGGAGGUGAUCUUCGCCAGAGAAAAGUGGCUGGUUAAGAGUGGCUUCAUCAUACCCAAUGUGGCUCAACUUUUUGUCUGCGGAAUUGCGGAUCAUCCGCGUAAGACUGUCGAAGGGAAUAUCCUUCCCCAGUGGUAUUAUCCUGGUCGUAGUUUUAUGGUCAGAGAACCCGUUUCCCCGAUAGAGGAUUACGUUGCCAAGGAGCAGAUGAUAACUGAAAAGUUCCUUCUGAAAACCAUCGAUCUCUGCACUGCCCAUAUAAAUGAUGAGAGCUUCAGGGUUCCCUUCAAGCUACGUGGCUUGAGGGACAGUCAACUUGGAGCCGUGGUGCUCUAUUCAGAUAUUGGACUCUGCCGACCGAAGGGAAAGUUUAGACUCAUGUUUUCCACAGGUCCCAAGAGACCUCGCACCUAUGUGAGGCAAACCAUAUUGUUUAUGGAUAAUCCCGUCGAGGUGACCAAACGUGAGCUGGUAAUCGGAGACCUUGGGAUGUACUACAAGCCGGAUGAGCAUCGCGAAGUGGAGUACUCCUUCUCCUUAGGCAGUUCCACAGUCGCAAAUCCAUGAAAAACACGAUGAUGUUUCGGUACUAUGCGAAUGACUUGGAUUUGAGCGAAAUAAAAGGGGGCUCUUCUUGUUGA